AUGCACCCCCUUACCUCGUUCGCCCUUCUCGCCCUGAGCCUGGCUGGACGGCCAGCCCUAGCCCAACAAGCCGACGAGAAAACGGACACGGGUCUCAACUUUGCCUCAUGGAGCUCCGCCAUAUCCGACUUCCCCGCCAGCACCGACUGCCCGCGCACCGCGCCCAAUUCCAUGCAGGGCGAGUACUUCACCUGCUCCUCCAGCGCCUUCGACAUGGGCUGGAACUGCCCGGGCGUGAAGACGGCCUUUUCGUCGCGCACGCUGUGCAUCUGCUCGAGUAUCAUGCAGAUGUCGAGCUGCCUCGCGACCUACUGCCCGUCCAAUACCGUCGUCGAGUCGAUCCUCAGCAAGGACCAGGAAGACUUUACGUCGCUCUGGAGCUGUCCGUCGGCGCUAGCGGCGGCUAAUGGUGGAUUCGUGGGAAACACAGGGGGCGGCAGUGGUGUGACUCGGCCGACUGGCAGGGCUAGCCCGAGCCCGAAUGUGGGCGCCGGAAAGCCGGGCAUGCCGCUUGGAGGAGGGGACGGUUGGAUGAUGGGCUUGGUGAUUGCGCUUGGGGGGGUUGUGGGGGUUGUUGCCGUUGUGCUUUGA